AUAUUAUUUAUACUAUAUAAAAUUUGUUUGUUUAAUUUGUUUUACUUUUUACUUUUAUACAAUUUUUUAAGUAAAUUGACAAAAUAAUUAAGCACUUAUUUGUAGGUUCAAUAAUAAUGAUAUCUGAUACCUAAUAACAAAUGAAGAAAUUUUCAAUAGUUGAUCUUCAAAGAGAACUCAAAGAAUAUUAGGAAGAAAAUAAAGAUUUAUAUAAAAAUUUAUCAUUGAAUUUAGAUGUUUAAAAUCUGGCCAUGUUUUAGCAAGGAUCAAUCAAAUAGCUAUCAGAUGAGCAGAAGGAGGCACUUAUUCAAAAUUUUAGCAAAGAAAAUUAAUAGCUAAAACAAUUAAUUGAAAAAAUGACUUAAGAUCGUAAUGUUGCUUAAUCAAAGUCGAUUUUGAUAGAGCAACAAACAGAGGAGAAUGAGAAUUUUAAAAAAAUGAUGAGAUAUGAGUUAGAAGAGAGGAUUAAAGAAAUCCGCAAAAUUUUAGUUGAAAAAGAAUCUGUCAUUUAGUAAAUAGAAAUAGAUAAAAAUAGUCUUUAAAAUGCAGGAUAAAAGGAAAGUGAUCCCUAAUUAAAUGACACAAAUUAAAUGUCAGUGCAUAAAGAUGUACUGACUGCAAGCGUUCCUUUGUUUCGCAUACACGAAGAAACGGAAUAGUUGAAGAAAGAAAUAGUUAAGAGUGUACAACAAAUUGAAACUUUGAACCAAAAAAAUAAAAAAUGCAGAUAAAACACAAAACUUAUAAGAUUUUAAAUAGAGCAGCUUAAAAACGCUCUUCUAUCGUCAAAUAUAAAGAAAAAAAAGUGUAUUACAGAAUAGUAAAAUAUAUUCAGUGAUGACGAAGAUUACAACUGUGCACACCUUUCAAAAAAAGUAUCAUAAUUCGAAAAUGAGAAACUGAAAAUGAAAUUACUUGCUGAAAAAGCUAAUUUUAUAAAAUAAAAUAAAAUGAAAAAUGAAAAUAUUCAAUAUGGACUAGGAACUCAAAGAAAUCAAAAGAUUUCUCAGAUGGAAACAGAUAUUGAGAAGUAUAAAAAUUUAACACAGAUAUGGCUUGAUUAAAACAAAAGGAAGGUGAGCUAACUAAAAAAGCUUUAAAGAUAUAACCAGACAUUAGAAAAAUCUAAUGAAUAACUUAUAGAAAACUAUCAUAAAUUACAAUAGAAAAUAAGCUCUAUGACUUAAAAUUUAAAAUAAUAUAAGGACUCAUACUACUAGAUUAUGAAUCGAAAAAAGAUGAGAAAUCAUAACUCUAAUAUAUCUUCUUUGAUGAACUCAACUAAUACAUAGUAGACUGCCUAUUCCAAUUAGAAUUCUAUUGGCCAAAGUGAUUUUCUUUCGCCAAAAUCACAAGUUAAGUAAGUAGGAUUCGAAGAAUUAGUCAAAAAGAAUGAAGAGAAGGACUUAAUUAGUGUGGAAGAAGAAGAAAUAGAUGAAGAUAUAAGCCAAAGAAGAACACUUAGUUAGUAUUAAUCUAUUGGUUAAAAAAAUAAUGAACUUUAAAAGAAACUCUCCUAAUUUAACAAUGGGGAUUUUUAUUAUGAUGAAUAUUAUGAUAAAAAACCUUUCCCUCCAAUGCAGAGAAAAAAGCAAAGCAUCUCUCAUUUGUACAAAAUAAAGUAAUAGCUAGGUUAGCUAAAGAAAUAGUAUCAUUUCUCUUUAAAUAUAAUGCCUUAGGAUCCUAAUUAUGUUAAUACCAAUUUAAUACCAAAACAAUAAAUUAAAAUAGCUCGCAGUCUUUCAGAUUGCGUUUUAGAUACCUAGCAAAAUGAAAAAUGUGUACUUUGGUCUUUAGAAAAAAGAAAAGUAUCUCACUUCUUUUAAUAAGAUCCAUUUUUAUUCUCUCCAGAAAAUUCUGGAGGUGGUGAAGAAGAUGGAGAUAUUUGCAACUCUAUGAAUAGAAACGAUGAAAAAAAUAGAAAGAGACCUAGUACUCAACUAGUACAUAAUAAUAGUUUCUUCAGAGAACUUGAUAUCUCAAUGAUAUUCCAUGAAAAAAAAAAUAAAAAAUGAGAUAUUUGUUGACCUCUUUAAACAAAUUAAAAUUAAUAAAUAAAUAAAUAAACAGCUAUAAGUUACAUUUUUAAGUCAAACCUUAAAAAAAUAAAAUUCAUCAUUCUAUCUAUCUUAAUGACAUAAAUAACUUAUUUUAUCAUUUUUCAAUGUCUCUUUGCAAUAA